UCCUCUCCUUUCAUUCUUUCAACGAAACCUUCAAAAUCAAAAUGGAACAAGAUUUGCCCACCUUCAUCCGCCCUUGCAAACUCCGAGGCAACUCUUCUGCAAGUUCUCGUCCUCUCAUUCCCGGCCCUGCUGGUGUUGUCCAGGCCGCCAUGAUUCAACGCAGCUCCACCACCGACGGACACCUCAUUCCAACCCAACAAUUUGUUAGGCGCGUCGUCGAAGACGGUCACGACACUGAUCCCGAUUUUCACUCCAAUGCUUGGCUUUCAGCCCUGCAAUUAGGCGGAUCUGCAACUCCUCUGGGUUCAAUCACUCACCAUCUAGAAAGGGUCGAUCUCAUCGUCGCAGUUAUCAAAUCAUGCACGCCAAACGGAUUCGGCGAUGUGUCAGUUACCCUGAAGGUAUUUCCAUCUUCCGCGUUCUUUUUCAUCAAUGUCAUGGUAUUUAAAUGUCCUCUGUCAAUGCCAUAUGGGUUUGAGUUGCAGGAUCCUACGGGCACUGUCGGUGCUAGUGUCCAUCACAAGGUUUUCACUGAAAGCGAAUUCGCGAAGGACAUAAAUGUUGGAUCUGUUAUGCUUAUCCAGAAGGUAGCUGUGUUUUCUCCUAGAAAAUCUAAUUGUUACCUGAACAUAACAUUGCCCAACAUAGUUAAGGUAUUCUCCAGUGACUGUGGACCUCCAUCUGAAACAUUCACCGACAUUACAGAAGAUUGAUUAAUGUUAUUUGGCUAAUUUUGAAUUAUUUGCAACUUUAAAAAAUCCUUGACCUGGAUUAUGUAGGCUAUGUUGCGUCCCUUGAAUUAUGUACGUUAUUUUGCUUCAAUUGGAUUAUGUGCGUUAUUUCACUUCCCAUUGGAUUUUGUUUGUUAUUUUACCUGAUUUAAAAAGAGAUAAAAAUGUAAUCAAAUCAAGUAAAGCGUGAUAAUGUGAAAUCCAAACUAAUAAUGCGAUAAAAGUACAGACCGAUAAUAAAGCGUGUAUAAACUAAUAAUGCGAUAAAAGUACACAUAAUAAUAAUGUCACUGCCCCCUGCCCCUACGACCCACCCUACCCCUACGACCUCUGCCUCCGCC